AUGUUUAAUGCUGUGCUGAAACGAAUUGUGCUCGCGUUGGCUUUACUGAAUGCCUUUUGUGCUGAUACCCGUAUACACACGAAAGCAGUGAAGUGUUCCAUUGGCGUGGAGGAUCGGCGAUCACUGGAAACCUCACCGUCGAUUUUGGAUUGCAGCUGUGGGGCUGACAGAUUGAGUGAAUCGAUCGCUGAUGCAAAACUUUACGAAUAUCGAGGAAAAACAAUUGCCGGUUUUGAGCUGCAUGGUGUCGAAAUGAUGUGCUUACCUCAGGCUUUUGAAACGUUUCUCAAGGAUUUGCUCGGAGGCCUGCAUACUGUGUACACCAAACUGAAACGCCUUCAGAUUCAGCCUGUUGUAUGCAACGUUGAGCAGGUUCGAGCGCUACGAAGUUUGGGUGCAAUUCAACAGGGUGUUAAUCGUUGCAAACUGAUUUCACGUAACGACUUCGAUCGUCUGUAUGAUGACUGCUGCAACAUUUAG